GGAGAAUGGAGGCCAUUUUUAUUUAUUCGUUUCUUUCUGAUAUUUUUAUUGGCUAUCACUGCAAAUUCUAUUCUCAUAUAUUUAAUCAAAUCUCAAAAGUCUCUUCAUUCUCCUAUGUAUGUAUUAAUAGGUGUUAUGGCAGUUUUAAACUUGAUCUUACCAAUAUUUUUUGUACCUAACAUCAUGCUUCUUAGCUUUUUAUUCAAUUGGGGUGGCAUAUCUCUGACUGGUUGUUUGAUACAAAUGUUUGGCAUUCAUUUUGUUGGAGCAUUUCAAUCUACUUUGCUUUUGUGGAUGGCACUGGAUCGUUACUUUGCAAUAUGCAAACCACUUAAUUAUCAUAAAUACAUGGAAAUUGCUAACUUUUCAAAAUUAGUUUUUGUGCCAUUAAUCAGAAAUGGAUUUCUGAUGGUCACUAUAGUCUCUUUAGCAGGAAAACUGACAUUUUGUAGAAAUAUAAUCGAUCACUGUUUAUGUGAGCACAUGGCAUUGGUUCAGUUAGCCUGUGGAGAUAUAUCUGUUAAUAACAUUGUAGGACUUCUGUCUGCUUUCAUAAUCCCAACUACUCAUUUUAUUCUCAUUACAAUUUCAUAUAUUGUGAUUUUUACCUCUGUGUUUAGAUCUGGUAAGGCUCAUUUUAAGGCCAUAAAU